GAUUGCCCAUCACUAUUGUAAACGGCUGGCUUCGACUUUAGUGUAAUUUGUUUAUCUGUGGAUUUCGAUUUUCUCAGUCGAGAAGCAAGCGACUGUCAGUUGGGGCCUCGGCUGAUAAAAAAAAAUGACCGCACACUUUAUUAAUGUGCUGCGUCAGGCCUUUAAGACAUUCGACCGGGCCAACAACAACAGCUUUCAGGCAAAUCUCCAGCAGUUGAAGCUUCUGACAGAUGAACUUACAUACCGCGAUUUGGAUCUCAAGGAGGACCUGUUUCGCAAUGCCGGCAAUGUUGGCCGUGCUCCUUGCACAUAUAUGCAUAUCUUUGAGGAUGAACGCUUCUCGAUGAGCCUGUUCAUUGUGCGUGAUAGCAGUUCCAUUCCCCUGCAUGACCAUCCCAUGAUGUAUGGCCUUUUGCGUGUUAUUUGGGGUCAAUUGCAUAUUCAAAGCUAUUCCCAGCAAUUGGAACCUCAUGAGCCGUUAACCUAUGAGAAGAAUCCCUCUGUGGUCAAAGUAUCAGCUGAGCCACCCUGCCUAGCCACAGUGGAAUCACCCACAGUUUUGCUUACUCCGCGCAAGCGAAACUAUCAUCACAUCACACAAUCCGUCACCCCAGGAGGGAAUGGAGUGGCAGCGUUUUUUGAUAUCCUAAGCCCACCCUAUGAUGCCAAUAUCCCCUUAUAUGGGCCACGUCGUUGCCGCUUCUAUCGCCCUAAAAUAUUGGAUAGCAAUGAGGUGCAAUUGCAUUGUAUACCGUCGCCCCUUAGUUACUAUUGUGAUAUGCUCGAUACGCCGGAGACUAUUCUGGCCUGUGGUUUCCGUUGUGCUGCCGAAGCGGCAGAAGGAGGAACAGGCAGUGAUGGAGGAGGAGGAGGAGGAGGAGGUGGUGGUGGUGGUACAACGGCUCAAGGACAAGGACAUGCCUCCAAAAUACAGUAAUAUUUAUCAUGGAAAUCCAUUUAAAUCUGAUAUUCUUAUUUUUUUUACCCUGUUUAACUUAUUUAAUCUCUAUGCAAAAAAAAAAAACAAAUUAGGCGACAAUUGCCAAGCAUUUUCUGUGUUAUUUAAAUAAAAAAAAGAAAUUUGCCUCUUUUUUUUUAUUUAAA